AUGGCGCUCAGUUACACCGAUCUGAUGCAAUUGAUAUGGACCCUUUGGGGUGUAUCAUUCCUCUGCACAACCCUCAGGGGCUUUCUACGAUGGAAGUCUCAACACCGACUCUUCGCAGACGACUACUUCCUCUUCUUCGGCUUGUUCUCAUUGACUGCCCUCUCCGCAGUUAUCACAUGUCUACUACCACAGUUCUUCCUUGCGCAGGAAUAUUCGAAAGCGGCUAUACUGGAUCCGCUUACGCCAUUGCCACUACCGCCGGAUGAGUUCAUCGAGAGGACGCGUACUUCGCUGAAGUUCAUGUUCAGCCAGAUGCUGUUGUUUUGGACUACACUGUGGGCUGCCAAGUUCUCUAUUCUCUUCUUCUUCAGACGGCUGGUGAUAGGACUGCCAGUAUACAUGCGUGCAUGGUGGGCGUCCUUCGUACUAGUCCUACUCCUCUAUCUCGCAUGCAUCGCCUCCAACUUCCUAACCUGCCGACCCCUAUCCAAAUACUGGAGCGCAACCGGAUGCAGCGACCCCGAAGACCUCAUCCGAGCCGACGCAUCCAUCAAGUUCGCCACGAGCGCAGACGUCGUUGCCGACGCCCUCAUCAUGCUCCUCCCUCUGAACCUCUUGCGCAAACUACAAGUCUCGCCCCAACAAAAGUUCGGCCUAGCAGUUAUAUUCUCCCUCGGCACCAUCAUCAUCGCCUUCGCGUUUGCACGCCUCGCUCAAGUCACAAAGGCUACUUCGAACCCUGAUCCGACGACCCUUGCCGAUGGACCGGUGUUGCUCAGCAUGUGGAGUCAUAUCGAGUCGUCUGUAUCUGUCAUCGUUGCUACACUGCCGGCGUUCAGGUACUUGCUCAAUGGCACGAUGGGGAGAACGCGGCCGGUAUAUGGUUCUUCACAACCAGCUUCAUUGGGGGCACAAAGCAAGUCUCGUCGUGUGUAUAGUAUGCAUAGGUGGAGUCGGAAUACUACGUUGAGGUUGCCGAGCAGUGAGCAGGAUAGGAAGGGAAGUAAUGAGUGGGGUAGUGAGACGGAGUUGAGGCCUAUGGCUGGGGGAGGAACACAGGUUGACGUUGCCGUCGAGAGAGAAGUGGAGUCGACGCGGCAAUCGCUGCCACAGCGGUCAGAUUCAUUAUUGAGGCUUGGGAAGGUAGUUUAG